AUGGCCAGACUAUUAUUAUUUUCCCUCCCAGGUCUUAUGGCCAUAUGUGCCGUGCAUGGAAUAUUUAUGGACAGACUUGCUUCCAAGAAGCUCUGUGCAGAUGACGAGUGCGUGUACACUAUUUCUCUGGCCCGAGCUCGAGAAGAUUACAAUGCCCCAGACUGCAGGUUCAUUAAUGUUAAAAAAGGACAGCAGAUUUACAUUUACUCAAAGCUGGUGCAAGAAAAUGGAGCUGGAGAAUUCUGGGCUGGCAGUGUUUAUGGAGAUGACCAUGAGGAUGAGAUGGGCACCCUGGGCUAUUUCCCCAGCAGCUUGGUCGAGGAGCAACAUGUGUACCAAGAAGCCACCAAGGAAGUCCCCACCACGGAUAUUGACUUCUUCUGUGAGUAA